AUGGAGUUGGUUGCGGCCAUGCGGGAUUUGGCCACCAAGAAAGGCGCGACUGUCGGGCAAGUCGCACUGGCCUGGCUCCUCAGCCAAGGGGACGAUAUCUUUCCCAUUCCAGUGACUGUCACGGAUAAAUACCUCGAGGAAAACUUUGAAGCAAUGCGCGUCGAGCUCACGCCCGAAGAGUCGCAGCACAUGCGCGACCUGGUGGUGAAAGCAUCCGUGUUUGGCGACAGAUGGCCGCCACAGCAUGCACUGGCCCUCUUCGCCGACACGCCGCUUCCGCAGGAUUGGAAAGAAAAGAAACGGGAUGGGGAUGUGUCGGUAGUCGGUGUCGCCCAAAUCAUUGUCCGAUCAAAAGUGAUGCCCUACGUAUAUAAUACAUCAUCGUUUAUUAUAUAUCAAUGCGCGUAUCUAUAA